AUGGUUCCAUCGCAUCUGAAGGUCUCGUCGGGAGGCAACGCUGGAUCAUCGUUAAACACUCCGGCGCACAUGGCGACAACUACAUUGAAAGUGGGCGGGAUGACUUGCGGUGCUUGCACUUCAGCAGUAGAAUCUGGAUUCGCUGGGGUUGAUGGCGUUGGAAACGUAUCAGUGAGCUUGGUCAUGGAAAGAGCAGUGGUUAUGCACGAUCCUCAGAAGAUUUCCGCAGAAAAGAUACAGGAAACGAUAGAAGACCGCGGAUUCGAUGCCGAAGUUCUCGCCACCGACCUUCCGUCGCCCAUGUUCAAGCGGGAUGAGUAUUCUUAUGAUGAAGAAGAGGAUGGAACCGAGUUGGAUCAACCUGCGACGACCACUACUACGCUUUCUGUCGAGGGAAUGACUUGCGGGGCUUGUACCUCUGCGAUAGAAGGUGGCUUCAAGGACGUCUCGGGUAUCAAGAGCUUCAGUAUCUCGUUGCUGUCAGAAAGAGCGGUAAUUGAACACGACGCGACUAUCAUAAGUGCGGAACAAAUCGCAGAGACUAUCGAAGAUCGGGGAUUUGGCGCCAUUAUUCUCGAAUCACAGAAAUCAGAGGGAGCCAAAGGCAAAAGGGCGAGACGAGAUAGUUCCUCUCAAGCUAAGGUAGCAACGACAACUGUUGCUAUCGAAGGCAUGACAUGUGGUGCUUGCACGUCCGCAGUGGAGGGAGGUUUCAAAGAUCUAGAAGGCUUGAUACAGUUCAACAUCAGUCUAUUAGCAGAACGCGCGAUUAUCAUACAUGAUCCAUCAAAACUAACACCCAAGAAGAUUGCGGAGAUCAUUGAUGAUCGCGGAUUUGACGCAACAAUUCUCUCCACUCAGUUUGGUACUACGAAUCAGUCAUCAUCAAAUUCGACAGCUCAAUUCAAGGUGUUUGGCGUAAGAGAUGCGGCUGCAGCCACAUCGCUCGAAGACACACUUAAAGCUGUAAAAGGAGUUAAAUCGGCCCAAGUCAGUCUUAGCACUUCCAGGUUAACGAUUACUUAUCAACCUACUUUAACUGGCCUGCGAGCUUUGGUCGAAAUUGUGGAGGGUCUGGGGUAUAAUGCACUUGUCGCAGAUAGCGACGACAAUAACGCCCAACUCGAAUCUCUUGCCAAAACCAAGGAGAUCACAGAGUGGCGGAAUGCAUUCAGGACCUCGCUUGCCUUUGCUAUUCCAGUUAUGCUCAUAAGCAUGAUCAUUCCUAUGGCUUUACCCAUAGUCGAUUUUGGAAGUUUAAUUGUUUUCUUCCCUGGUUUGUACCUCGGAGAUAUUGUCUGUCUAGUCUUGACGAUACCCGUCCAAUUCGGCAUUGGCAAGCGAUUCUACAUUUCCGCCUACAAGUCCAUGAAGCACGGUUCCCCAACAAUGGACGUCCUAGUCAUCCUAGGAACUUCUACAGCAUUCUUCUUCAGUGUUGCAGCAAUGGUGGUCUCCAUUCUUGCACCACCGCAUUCGAGGCCUAGCACCAUUUUUGAGACCAGCACCAUGCUCAUCACCUUCAUCACACUCGGUCGAUUUCUCGAAAACCGAGCCAAAGGACAAACAUCCAAGGCUCUAUCACGAUUGAUGUCCCUGGCGCCCUCCAUGGCAACUAUAUAUGCCGAUCCAAUUGCCGCCGAAAAAGCCGCAGAAGGGUGGGAACUCGCUACAACCUCAGGCGUUGAGCAAAAGGAUUCUAUUCAAGAAGGAAACGCUGCGGAAGAAAGGAUCAUCCCCACUGAACUCAUCCAAGUUGGUGAUAUCGUGAUCCUAAGACCUGGCGAUAAAAUUCCAGCAGAUGGUACCGUUACUAAAGGAGAAACCUACGUGGAUGAAAGCAUGGUGACCGGAGAAGCUAUGCCUGUUCAGAAACGGAAGGGCAGUCUCCUUAUCGGUGGCACUGUGAAUGGAGCCGGCCGCGUUGACUUCCGCGUUACCAGAGCCGGAAGAGAUACACAGCUGAGCCAAAUCGUGAAGCUCGUCCAAGAGGCUCAAACAACAAGAGCACCGAUUCAGCGUCUUGCGGACCUGAUUGCCGGAUAUUUCGUCCCAGUCAUCCUUUUGCUCGGCUUUCUUACUUUCUCUACUUGGAUGAUUCUCAGCCAUGUUCUUGCAAACCCACCCAAGAUAUUCAUCGAUGAGGAAAGUGGUGGGAAAUUCAUGGUUUGCGUUCAACUUUGUAUCUCCGUCAUAGUAUUGGCCUGCCCUUGUGCUCUUGGACUUGCUACACCCACAGCUGUCAUGGUCGGUACAGGUGUUGGUGCUGAGAAUGGUAUUCUCGUCAAAGGUGGAGCUGCAUUGGAAACGGCUACGAAGAUUACUCAAGUCGUCCUUGACAAGACUGGCACUCUGACACUUGGAAAGAUGAGUGUUGCUGAGUCCAAGAUCGUAUCAAGCUGGGCUAGCACUGCAUUCCAAAAGAAAUUAUGGUGGACUAUCGUUGGACUUGCCGAAAUGGGUAGUGAACACCCUAUUGGUAAGGCUAUCUUGCUGGGUGCAAAGGAGGAACUUGCUCUCGGGCCGGAUGGCACAAUCGAUGGUAGCGUUGGAGAUUUCGGUGCCGCUGUCGGCAAAGGUGUCAACGCAAUCGUUGAGCCUGCUACAAGCUCUGAGAGAGCUCGCUAUAACGUCCUGAUCGGAAGCGUCAAAUACCUCCGCGACAACAAGAUUCCGAUCCCUGAAGAUGCUAUUAAUUCAUCUGAGGAGGCAAACCGUAAAGCGGCAGGGUCAUCAAAAACCACAUCUGCUGGAACUACCAACAUCUUCAUUGCAAUCAACGGCACCUUUGCUGGUCAUCUUUGCCUGGCCGACACUGUGAAGGACAGUGCCCGUGCAGCCGUUGCCGCACUUCAUCGGAUGGGUAUUAAGACUGCGAUCGUUACCGGUGAUCAAAAGCCAACAGCCCUAGCUGUUGCAAAAAUGGUUGGCAUAUCCCCUGAAGACGUGCAUGCCGGCGUUUCCCCCGACGAAAAACAAGAAAUCAUUCGCCAACUUCAGUCUCAAGGCGAAUGCGUCGCGAUGGUCGGCGAUGGAAUCAACGACUCUCCCGCCCUUGCCACCGCAGACGUUGGUAUUGCAAUGGCAGGUGGCACUGAUGUCGCCAUGGAAGCAGCAGAUGUAGUCCUUAUGCGCCCCAACGACCUCAUGGACAUCCCUGCCUCUAUCCAACUCGCCCGCUCCAUUUUCAACCGUAUCAAGCUCAACUUGGUAUGGGCUUGCGCCUACAAUGUCGUCGGUCUUCCAUUCGCCAUGGGCGUCUUCUUACCCUUUGGUUAUCAUUUGCACCCAAUGGCAGCUGGCGCUGCAAUGGCCACUAGUUCCGUCUCCGUGGUUUGCAGUUCUCUCCUCCUCAAACUCUGGAAACGACCACGCUGGAUGGAUGAUGCGCUUAUCGAAGAGAAGGGCCAACUCCGCAGACGUGGAACAGGCUGGGGUCUUGGUGGGCUGGUUGGAAAAGCAUCAGACGCACUUUCGUGGGUUAGAGGCGCGAAGAAGAAUGAAGAGGCGGGAUACGUUCCUUUGGAUAACUUGGAACACGUAUGA